AUGGAGCAGCAUCUGAUCGAGUACAUUGUCAAGCAACUCGAGACGCAGAUCGACGCAGCCCAGGAGGCUGUCAAGCAAGGCUUUGAUAGCAUCAAAGAGGAUAUGGAGGAGAAGGAAGCAGAGUUCAGAGCUAGUUGCCAGAUCGCCGUCGAUGCCCUCGAAGACAAGCGUAGGCAAGAUGCCGAGCGCAUUCACCACGAACUCCAAGACAGCGUGUAUCAAGCAGAACAGGCGUGGAGGAGUCUGGUAGCCAGCAUGAUGGCAGAUCUGGGGCGCGUACGGUCCGACACGAACGCAGCGAUCCUGGCGGCUGAACGCGAAGUGUCCGACGCCCAGCGCAGCAGUGACGAGGCUAUCCAUGAUGCGCAGACGGAGCUGCAGCAGGCGCGCCGCGACUUCGAGAACGCCUUUGGUAGUGCAGAGGGUGACUUGGAGCACUCCAGACAGAAGGUUGAGUCUGCGCAGCACAUAGUUGACGAGCUCGAUCGUGACAUUGACAACGCAAACCGGGCCACUGAUCGCGAGCCGUGGUAUAAUUGCCCUCCCCUUAUCGCCGAGAAGGCCGUUUUACUCGGCACCCAAGCCAGCGCCACUGCUACACUGCAGGUUGUUCGUGGCAUCUAUUACGCUGAAGAGGCUAUUGUUCAAGGCAGCGGAUUCGUUGCAGCCGACGAUUGCAUAGCCGCCGCCGAGGUAGCCCUGGAUCAAGCCCGCGACGUCAAGAUGAUGGCGUUGAACGUCGCCAAGGAGGCGCUGCUUUGCGCGAAAGAACACGCCGAAGGAGCGAUCAAUCUGGGCUUGGAUCUGGACAAGUGGGCUGCUCAGCAUACAGGCAAGCUGUUCGACAUUCGAAAGGUCGAGUCCCGAGGAUCAGUCUCGAGUCUGAUUCGUCACGAAGAGGGCAAUUCGGGGCCAGCAUUGAUGGUGCACAUCGAAGUGGAGUUGAUCAAGAGAUUAUUCGAGCAGAUCUGGGCCAAGAUCAAGGAAUCAGCUCUGGGUGGGCUCAAACUGCUUCAGGAGCAAUGA